AAUAUUGUUAUGAGUCACAAUUGUACAUGGUAAAUUGUGAUAGUACAAUGUUGGCUACGCCGAUAUUGAAUUGUCUGUUGGAGGGAGUUUGGUGCGUAGGAUUUAGGUUGAAUUGUAGUCUGGCGAUAGUCGUGAGUAUGUGUUGUAAUUUGUAAGGUCUGAAUUAAAAUGGCUGAAGAUGAUACCCUUCCAGCAAAUGCAGUUAUUGUGUCAGUGAUGCAUAUGGUUGAUCCUUCAACACUCUGGGUCACUGAAUCACCUCAAAAGGACAUGUCAAAAGAUAGGGAAGAACUUAUUCAUCUUGAAGAAAUGCUUUCAGGGCAUUGUCGUCGUAGUUCAUAUAACUUCCAGGGGAUGAACUACUUGCCUGAAGAAGGAGAGCUGGUUGCUGUUCAGAAUCCUGAAACAGGUCACUGGCACAGAGCACAAGUGGACUAUGUACUACAUGUGACUAACGGCUAUAUAUAUAAAGUGUUCCUUGUGGAUCAUGGUCUCCCAUUUGAAGUGCGCAGCUCUUCAAUUAGGAAGCUGCCUGCAGCCUGGAAUAACUUUGAUUUCCAAGCAUUCCAAGUUGUGCUUUAUGGCAUUAUUCCUACAACAGUAGGAAUGGACUACCAGGAUAUGAAAAUGAAGAGAGAAGUUGCAAGUAACUGGUCAGCUGCAGCAGUGAAGUUUGUCAAGCGUCUGCUGGAAGAAUCCACCAAGUCAUGGCUUGUAUACAAAAAGAAUGUCAAAAAGAAGAUAUAUGGUGACUUGUUUCUAGAACUGUCAAAUGGAAGCAUAAGUCUGAGUAAGGAGCUGUGUAGUCAAGAAUAUGCAGUGUUUUCUGAGGCGCUUUUUGAAGAAGCAUUGAUAAAGUCUGAUACAAAGCAAGAAGAGUUUGUUUAUAGGACACCUUCCCCACAGGUUCCAGUUUGCACAGACAGUAGGAACCAAAACACUAGUCCUGUGCCUUCAUUAAGUAACAAGAUUGAACAUCGCCAGAUUCGAGAUUACAUUCGAGAAUGCAGUGUUAAACGGGCAAAGAUAGAGGAACAGAAAUGUAACCAGACUGAUAAAUGGAGAAGAGAUGUUGAAGCAGCAUCUGUGGAUACACAUGAAGAUGGUGAAUGUUUUCAAAGCUACGGUAAACAACCACUUGGCCGCGGAAUGUCAAUUCUGAGCAGGAAAGAAAUCUCACCUGGUGUGCGUUCAAAAUUAACCCCAGCGAGUGUUGAGCAAGUGGGGAAGUGGAAUGAAGUUAGCAGUUCUGAAAUUUCGCACGAACAUGAAAUAAAAUCAUCGUCAUUGCUUGGUCUCUUGGAUCUAAUUGACUUUAAUUCAGAUCAUGACAGCAUAUCAGUGAGUGAGUUGAAUAAUGCAUCACAUAAGUCACUGUUUUCUCAUGAGAAGAACUCUUCAUUUACAGAGUACAUUCCAGCAGGAGGAGAUUUAGAAACCUUUAAUAAAAGGUCAAAGAACCAGAGAGACUUCAACAGUUCAUCUGUAAUAAACAGGGGGAGGUGUUCUAUUGAUGUUGAAAAUAACUCUCAUUCACCAUCAUUUAAGGAUCCAAAGAAGUAUGAUUCUGUUCCAGACAUGUUGCCACAAAGUAUAUCAUUACACACAGAAAGAAAUGAAGUACAAAGCUCAGUUGUAAUACAUUCAGAAUAUGGUGAAGAAAUUGGUGUUAAGAAACAGCAGAGAUCAUUAUCAUUGCUCAAGUGUGUGCAAACAGAAACGAACAGUGCUAUUAAAAACAGUGAUAAUAAAACAGAAAAUGUUGGUGGUAUACAGUGUGACAUUAAACAGAAAGAUAUCACUUCAGUUUCUACCACAAGUUUCUUUCAGGACAUUGUGAAUAGUAUGGAAAGAACAGCACAAUCUAAGAGACAAAAUCUGCUUGAUAAUUUGAAGAAAAAUGCUCAGUCUGUGAGCAGUAUUCCUGAUGUAACAGCAAAACUCCCUCAAGCUGCACUUACUGCUGUGUUGAAACGAGAAACAUCAGGGAAUGAUACACAGAUCAAGUCGAAUUCACUUGCAAGUGUAGAAACAUUACCUUCAGUGCAGAUUGAAACACUCUCCACAGCGUACAAGAUUACUGAUCGACUUCAGACAUCUCGGAUUCUUGUGCAUGGGGAUAUGUGUUUUAGGACUAUUCAGUCGAUAGCUGAAGCAAACUUCCCCAUGGAAAUCCAUCAGGCUCUUGCAAAAAUGGAUUUUAAGGCCCCUAUGCGCAUUCAGACUUAUGUGUGGCCAGCAAUUAUGCGUGGACAAUACACAGUUUUGGUCGGUCCUCCUCGAUCUGGCAAAACUGUCGCUUACCUUAUACCACUUGUGAGCUUCAUGUUGACACCAGAUGUUUAUUCUGACCUGCCUCCCGGGAAUGGACCGCUUGUGCUGGUCCUCUGUUCAGGUAGCAGGAGUGCCCAGUUUGUAUACGAGAAGUGUUGCACGCUACUAGAACUCUCAAACCAAAAUAAAGUAAGAGUUGAGAUAGCCUAUGGUGGGGACAGAGAACGUGAUUUGGAGGUCUUUCUUGCAAAUGGUUGUGAUAUUCUUAUUUCUACUCCACGUUGCUUCAUGCGUCUUCUGCGCUGUAGUCGUUUUAUCACCAACAUGGAACGCCUUGCACAUCUGGUUUUGGAUGGAGUGGAUAUCCUAGCUGAAAAAUUUCUUCCUGAGUUGAAGGAGUUAAUUGCUGAAUGCAAAAAGAUGUUGGAGCGGCGAUCAAAGGUGGAAAUGCCUGUUCAGGUGAUAGCUACCUCAGAAAAGUGGUGUCCUGCCGUGGAACAGUUCUCACAACACAUAUCACAGAACUUCCUUGUCUGUAUCAGUGGUUACCUUGAGGCUGCUGUAUAUGCGAAACUAAAGCCCACCCUCCACUUUCUCAGUGCUAGCAGCAGGCCUCAAGUAGUGUUGGACAUUCUGGAUGGAUACCAAGGCCUGUACAAGACUGUCAUCGUGUGCCAGUCAGUUGCAGAGGUCAGUGAUCUGGUGCAAGUUCUGGAGUCACAGUGCUAUCAAGUUCUGGCAGCACAUGAAGAUAUGACUCAAUGCCAUAAUAGUGAGAUAUGCUACCAUUGGAAAUGCUCUGUUUCGGGUGUACACCCGGUACUAGUGUGUACAGAUGAGGUUCUGCAUGAACUGGAUGUGUGUGAUGCUAUGUGGCUGAUUCACUACAGCCUGCCCCACACUAAGACAGGUUUUGGCUUCCGGUUCUCCUGCCUCAUGGACAACUAUAACAGUGUGUUUAAAAAGUCGACAAGUAAAAAUGACUCUUCAGGCUGCAAAGUUCACAUCUUUGCUGACAAGGACCAAACAACCAGAGCCCUACCUGAAGUGCUUCACUUUCUGAAAAGGCUUUCUGUUCCCAUUGCUCCUGACAUUGAAGCGAAGGCACUGGAAAUUGUACGCCAAAAGGAAUCUCAGAAAUGUAGCUUUCCUCUCUGCUACUAUGUAAAAGCUUUUGGAGAAUGCAAGGAAAGAAUGUGUAGAAGCCGUCAUAUUAUAUUGGACGCUGUUGACAGACCUUCCAGUAUUCCUACUUGUGGUCAUGUGAAAGUAAAGAUUCUCCAUGUCCACAAUGCCAGCAGUUUCUCUGCUCGCCUCUUGGAGCACACUGAUGUUCAUGGAUGCACAGUUCCCAUACCUGAUGAAUACUUGGCAGUUAACAUGGCAGUGUAUAUGCAUUACAGUAAUGAGAGUAACAGGCAGUUGCAUGGAGUCCCAAAACUAGGAGAUGUCUGUGCACUGGAGAGCAAGAUUAACUUCUUCCAACGAGUUCAAGUUGUAGAGGUUGUGAAAGAAGACAGCAAACACUUUCCUGAAGUACUGAAAGUCAAAUUCGUAGAUGAAGGGACAUUUAGUGUUGUUAAGGUAUACCAGCUUCUUGCCAUGCCUGCAGACCUACAGCGACUGCCUCCUCAAGUGAUUGAUAUAUUUCUGUGCAAUGUGUUGCCAUGUGAUCUGGACACUGACUGGAGUAAGACAGCAAAUUGUAGGAUGAAAGACUGGAUUAAUGAUACUAACAGUGGAGAAGAGGAUGGAAAAUUCAUAGUUGGAAAGGUGAUGCUGAGUGCAGGACACACUCUCUGGUUGGACCCAUUAGAAUGUCGCAGCUACCUUAGCCGUUUGGAUACACAUGUUCUGGAACUGUCUCUGGGCAAGAAAUUAGUGAAGUGCGGACUUGCUGUUAAGAAUCCAAGUCAUUUGAAUAAAUUGUAUGAACUCUGUCUUGCAGGAGGACUCUCUGUUCCUAGCUAUGAGAAAGUUCCAGCUUCGAAAAAUGUUCAAACCAAAAUUCAAACAUUACCAUCACCUCAGUGGGCACAACCAGACACAGAAAUAUUCGAAGAAAUUAGCAUUAUUCAUGCACAUAAUCCACAUCAGUUGUUUAUUCAACGCUGCAAGUUCAGUGAUAGUUUGGAGAGGUUAAUUGAUGAAUUGCAGAAAUGUGUGAAGACCAAACCGGAAGAUUUCCACCUGGAGAAAGGCACUUACUGCCUUGGUAAAUUCCCAGAUGAUGGUCUGUGGUACAGAGCACGCGCGGACCAGCUGUUGGAAGGUGACCGUGCUUUGUUGUUCUUUGUAGAUCAUGGUGAUAAUGCAUCUGUCAGCAUAGAUGAUAUUGCUCCCAUAACAGAGAUGUUGAUUAAACAACUACCAUUUCAAGCCAUAGAAUGUUCCUUAGCAGGCGUUAAGCCGCUAGAUGAAGACACCUGGUCUGAUGAAGCAACAGAUAUGUUGUAUGAGUUUAAUAAUAAUUCUAGUUGUCUAUUUUGUAAGGUUUGUGAUGUGAUGAAGACUGCAGUGUGCACUGGAGGGGGAAAGUACAAGGUUGUGCUUAUGGAUACAAGCACUGAAGUAGAUAUCUAUUUGAACAGGGUAUUACUUGAAAGGAACCUGGCUUUACCAGACAAUAUAGAACAAAUCUUUGAGAAUUUAGAUCUUGUACGUUCAAAGCAAGCUGACUCAAGUGAAGAAAGUGGUGUGGAGAUUGAGAAAUCUCAACUUAUUGACCUUUCUGGUAUUAGUAUUUCUCAGCAUUCCAAAACAAAUGCAAUUAUACCAUCAGGAGAAGAAUCCAUUUUGGAUACAAACUAUGAUGAUGAUGAUGAUGAUGAUGAAUAUGAUAAUAUGUAUGACAAUGAUGAUAUUCAAAAACUCCUCAUUGAAAUCCUGGGUCUCAACACAAACUGCGAACCAUCCAUGACUGCUUUGCCUGCACUUCCUUCAUCACAUGACCACAGCACUGACAAUGCAGCCUACAGUUCUUCUAAUUAUUUUUCAUCUGAUGAUGAUAAUGAUACAGAUUGCAUGUUUCCUUUAGUGCGUUCAACAAGAACACCACAAGUGCUGUGGCACCAGAAUGAUUCUACCAUUUACGUGACGAUUAUGAUCACAGGUGUGCUGAAGUACCACAUUAAGUGGAAUGUAACGCAUUUACAGUUCAGUACUAAUGUGAAUGGACAAGUGUAUGAGGUGACACUGGACCUGUAUGGCCCAGUCAAUGCCUCUAGUAUGACUCAUAUUGCUAAGGGAUUUUUUGUACAUAUCAAGAUGAUGAAAACUGUAAUUGGUUUUGAUUGGCCACGUCUUCUUUCUUCACACUACAAACAACCAUGGCUGAAGUUGGAUUUGGAGAAGUACAUAAAUGACUCUGAUAGUGAAGACGUAACCGCGAAAUCAGUUUGUAGCAAAGCUCUAAAACAAUUACUUUUGCCAAAUAAGGAAGUUCAAAUUGCUGACACAGGUUUGAUUGCUAGGGCUAAUGUGGCUCGUAUUCCUGUCAGUAACUUUGAUGAUGAUGAUGAUGAUGAUGAUGAUGUUGAUGACGAUGAUGACUCAGAUGUGAUGGAAACAUCUUACCCUUAUGACUCAUUAAACUAAAGGAAGUGUAAGAUGAAUUAUAUUAAAUUUGUUUAAUUUAACUCUACUUUAUAUUCCUGAGAACUCUCCUUUUGUAUGUUAGAACUUUUAUACCUCAUUGUCAUAAUAUAAUAUGUCUGCUGUUGAAUAUGUUGUGUUACAAAUUGGAUAUUACAAGUUGGAUAAAAUGUUUUUAUUAAAACCGAGGAAAACUAAUUAUCAUA